GUGGGUCGGUCGCUAUGAGAGAGUGAAUGUGUACAUCGCAACACAACACAAGAAGGCAAGGCACUCACUUCACUUGAUCCCAUCAAACAAACGGUCUGGGAAGUCACUCAGGUCGCAUCACAGGACGGCACGCACACGGACACACACACACACACACACGAGCAGCAUGGCACGCACGCACACCCAACACACGGCUGUCCACCACACCGAGCAACACCAUGUGCGCCGAGCAGAGUCGAGUCGCCAAAGUGCGCUUCUCCACUCCAACAUGUGUGUGCACGCUGUUCGUCCAGUGGUCCAUCUCUUGUCCCAGCCGUCCGUCCAUCCCGCGCUUGGCUUCACUGACUGUCGUGAUGGUCAUGACCGCUCCUUGACGAGGUUUUCGAUAUCCGCGUCGCCCGGGUCGGUGAUGGCCAGACAGCCCACCCUGAAGUACUUGCCGCACGCCGUGCCAAGCUCGUUGUUGUCUGCACAAAGGCACAAAGAGAGAGAGGGAGCACAACCACGACACACUGUGGCUGCUGGUACUUGCCGUCUGUCUGUGGUGCACGUGUGUGUGUGUGCUUGCCUCCUUGGUAGUGGUAGACAUCGAUCUUGGCGAGCAUGCAGUAGUACUCGAGCUCCGACUUGCGGAUGCGGGGCAGAUUGUUGGCUGUCACUAUCAGCUUGGCUGCACACACCAACAACGCACAGGUCACCAGGGCAUAGGUGAGCCACGUUCGUGUGGUGACACCCUCCCCCCCCUCCCUCUCUCCCUCCCUCCCUGUCUGUUCUGUUGUCAGCCGGGCACGUGUGUGUGUGUGUGUGUGGUUACCUUUGCUGGUGCGUAUAGAUCUGACGGUGGUUUUGUAGCCCAGCGCCACCUUGCCGCUCUUCAUCACCAGCUGGAGCUUCGAGUUGAUGUUCUCGCCAGCUCCCUUCUUCUUAGACCGACGCGACGACAUCGUCCUCACUCAACACACGGACACACGAGGGAGGGAGAGUC